AUGAGAAUUAAUACAAGAUCUGUUCAAAAAAGCAAGAGUUUGAAAGAAAAAAAUGGAGCAGUAGGCAUAGUACCAAAUUUAACUGAAUUGAAGAAGAGCAGGAGCAAGAGUAAGGACAAAAGCAAGAUCGAUGAUGAGGAACCGGCUAUAUCUCUUCCUCGUUCGCAUCUUAAAGAAUUGGUAUUGCCAGAAAUAAAGAAUUUAGAUGAGCUUAUAAGUGAAUCUGGGUUGAAUAAGGAAUUGUUUAAUCGAGGACAUCAAGAUCUCGCAAAAUUUCAAAGUACUAUUAAUGGUUAUUUAAGCCAGCGUAUAUAUGACUUAAUACUAACUGAUAAAUUGACUCCUAAGAAAGUCUCAAGAGAAAAAGUCAAAUGGGCUAACAAAUCUAAUGAAAAGUACUAUUUCUUGAAGAAUAGAUAUUAUGUUAGUGAUAAGGGAACUACAGUGCGUGAUCGAAGAAAUGAUGAUAAAAUCCUUUGUCCACCAAAUAAAGUUUUAGAAGUAGUGCUAUGUACACAUUUGAUUAAUGAGCAUGCUGCCCAUAAGUCAGUACAUAGAAAUUUGCACAAGCGAUAUGCAAAUAUUUCAAGAACAAUAACAAGAAUUUCACUGCUUUAUUGUUCAUUUUGUAAUCCUAGUGAACAUGUAAAACCUUUGAAAAAGUCAAAGAAAAAUGAGGUUUAUGAAGGUUUAUUGCCAUUUGAGAGGAUCCAUAUUGAAAUAUUCAAACCAUUUGGAGAUGAAAAACUGAUCGAAGGAACAUAUUCACAUAUUUUAUAUAUUCGAGAUUAUUAUUCAAGAUAUGUCUGGUUAUACCCAUUAAAAAAGACAGCGUUUAAAGAAUUAACCCAAACUUUGGUAACAUAUUUCUUUACAAUUACAAAAACACCAAUCUACAUCGAAUCAUCAACCAUUAAUAGAAAUGACUUAAUUGCCAUGGUCCAGAAGAUUGCUCUAAAAUAUGAUCUCAGAAUAGGUAUUGGGAUUGGUAAUAGUAGUUAUUUCCAUUAUAAUGGGCUAGAAACGAUGAAACAAUUAUUAUUGUUGCAUGAAGAUGAAUGUCUGGGUGACUGGGGUAUGUGCCUGAAAUAUGGUAAAAAUUUGCAUAAUAACCUUAAGAAUAGAAAGGUAUUGGGGAUGCCUAUUAAUCUAUUGUUGAACAGUGGUAUUUCAGAAUGCUCUAUAAAAUAUAAAUCUAAAAAAAAUACUGUUAUUGACGAGACAUUUCCUCAUAAUAUGAUCGUCUUGGAUAAUGGGAAGAGUGAAAUAUAUUUAGAAGACAACUUAACCUCAACACCUGUAAUAGAUGAAAAAAAUAUAGAACCAGUAGGAUAUGAAUAUUAUGAGAACCCGAUUAACACACUAACAAAUUAA